GCCUCAGCCUCCUGAGUAGCUGGGACUACAGGUCUCUACGGAUCCCUCGGGGUGAACCUCCUCCUAGGAGUAGAACCAUUGAGAAGAGCGCUCCGGCCUCCUAGAGAGGAAGCACGCGACGCUGGGCGCGAGGCCAACGUAAUGACACACUUCCGCUGACGCAGCAUUUACCGUUUUUUCCCCAGACAAAGCUCCGCAAGGCACAGGAUCGUGCUCCUUCUCUCUCUACUUCAUCUCUUGUGUCACACGUGACUGGGUGGGAAAUAGAAUUAAAAGCCUCAUGGUAUGGUGUGGACUAAGAAGUACAUAUGUAUACACCACUUAUCCAGUGAGCAUUUACCUUUGCCUCCUAAGAGGGGGCCCAGGUGAUGGCAGCCAUACCUCUGAAAGCUCAAUGCCAGGACCUACCCUCAACCCCCUACCUGUCCUCUGUGCCCCAGACUCUGGCCUGGAGCCAGAGGAUUGGCUCUGGGGUAGCGGGAACCUGUUGUUUUAGGAGACAGUGACCUUUGAGGAUGUGGCUGUGCACUUCACUAAGACAGAAUGGACUGGCCUUUCUCCUGCCCAGAGGGCCCUGUACAGAAGUGUGAUGUUGGAGAAUUAUGGGAACCUGAUUGCUAUGGGUAAGACGAUUUUCCUCCUAGGACUCAGAUCUGUUCUUUUCAGUUUUCUUCCUUCUUUUACAGACUGGGUGAUGGGUGUGGUGUGGAGAGGAGAAGUUGUCUCUUGUGUCCUCCACUGAGCGACUACAGGGCUGAGGCUCAGUGACCAACUUCAAAGAUUGCUGGGUAGAGAGAGGUCUUGAGUCACUUUGGCCUCCCAGUGAAGGGAAUUACUGUCCUCUGGUAGGAGUAUGUUUCUUCUUCCAAGGGGCUCUGCCUAGUAAGUAAUAAGUAGUGUUUGUUGUCUGGGGAAGAACGUGUCUUCUCCCCUGUGUUUGCUCAUGUCUUGCAGGUCUCACUAACUUAAUUUUUCUUGAUUUUUUUUUAGGAAGAAGUCACAAAUGCUCAGUUUCCUCUUGAUCAGAAUCUCUUUGGCCUUCCCCAGUCAAGAACUCUCUUCUCUGGGUCUUAUUCUUACUGAAACUCCUAGGGUUUUCCUUCUUUUGAAACACCAGAUACAGGGCUGAAAAGUACCAUUUUCUUCCUCUUUUUAGGGUACCCAGUUCCCAAACCUGCACUGAUCUCACUCCUGGAGGGAGGGGACAUGGCUUGGGGCCUGGAAGCAUAGGAUGAUUCCCUGGCAGAGGGGACCAAAAACAUCUGUAAACGUAGACUCUUGGUUACCACCUUUACUUCCAUCUCAGAUUACUCCUCUCCCAGCAUUCUCCUUUGGAGUUCACUUACUCCUUUAACUCGCACUCAUAGGAUGAACUUGAUUAACCUGCAGAUGAGUUCCAGAUGCUGAGACCAACACUGACAGUGAGUCCAUAUUAACCCAGAAAAUUUCUGAAGAAAGAGAUGGGGUGAUGUCACAUGGGCAGCUGAAGAGUGUCCCUCAGAGAACUCACUUCCCAGAAACGUGAUGUGGAGAAGUACCAGGACAUCCCCACAGUAAAAAACAUCCAAGGGAAGGUUCCAAGAAUCCACUGUGCAAGGAAACCUUUCAUAUGUGGCUCCUAGAACUCCAACUAUCAAGAGCUUCUUCCGGACAGUAGAGGAAGAGGAAGAAGAGUAUUCCACUUUGCCUUAAAGAAGACUUUCUCUCCAGCCCUUCUCUGAGAGGGAGACGGGCGGAUGGCAGCCAUGCACCUGACAGCCUGGCCCCAGAAGUCGGUGACCUUUGAGGACGUGGCUGUGUACUUCACCCAGGCGGAAUGGGAUGGCCUGUCCCCUGCACAGAGGACCCUGUACAGGGAUGUGAUGCUGGAGAAUUAUGGGAAUGUGGCCUCCCUGGGAUUUCCACUUCUCAAACCUGCUGUGAUCUCACAGCUGGAGGGAGGAGGUGAGCUGGGGGGCCCAUCUCCACUGGCUGCAGGAACAGGCCUCCGUGGCCUCUGGACUGGUAAGGGAGUAGAUACUCAGACUGACAGUGAUUUCACAGAGGAAAUGUAUGACGGGAAAGAGGAUGUAUCAUUUGAACUUCAAAGGGACUUUUCCCAGGAAACAGGCUUUUUAGAAACCUCUCUUCUAGAGAAACAACAGGAAGUCUGCUCUGCAGGAAAUAUAAAGAAGGAAAAAAGCAACACCAUUGAUGGAACAGUGACAGAUGAGACAAGCCCCAUGGAGGAGUGUUUUUUUAGUCAAAGUCCAAACUCAUAUCUGUCUCAUAUAAUCACUGUAGAGCAGCCCUCUGGGUGUACAGGCCUGGGGAAAGCCAUCAGCUUUGAUAUAAAACUCGUUAAGCAUGAAAUAAUUAAUUCUGAGGAAAGGGCUUUCAAAUGUGAAGAAUUAGUGGAGCCCUUUAGGUGUGACUCUCAGCUUAGUCAACAUCAAGAGAACUACACUGAGGAAAAGCCUUAUCAAUGUUUGGAGUGUGGCAAAGCUUUCAGCAUUAAUGAGAAAUUAAUUUGGCAUCAAAGACUUCACAAUGGGGAGAAACCCUUCAAAUGUGUGGAGUGUGGGAAAAGCUUCAGCUAUAGUUCCCAUUAUAUCACACAUCAGACAAUCCACAGUGGGGAGAAGCCCUAUCAGUGUAAGGUGUGUGGGAAGGCCUUCAGUGUUAAUGGAAGCCUAAGUAGGCAUCAGAGAAUUCAUACGGGAGAGAAGCCCUAUCAGUGCAAGGAGUGUGGAAAUGGCUUCAGCUGUAGUUCUGCAUAUAUUACACAUCAGAGAGUCCACACUGGGGAGAAACCUUACGAGUGUAAUGACUGUGGGAAAGCUUUCAAUGUUAAUGCAAAAUUAAUUCAACAUCAGAGAAUCCACACUGGAGAGAAACCUUAUGAAUGUAGUGAAUGUGGAAAAGGCUUCAGGUGCAGCUCCCAGCUUAGGCAGCAUCAAAGCAUUCACACAGGAGAGAAGCCCUAUCAGUGUAAGGAGUGUGGAAAAGGGUUCAGUAAUAAUACAAAACUCAUUCAGCAUCAGAGAAUCCACACAGGUGAGAAACCCUAUGAAUGCACUGAAUGUGGAAAAGCCUUUAGUGUCAAAGGGAAGUUAAUCCAACACCAGAGAAUUCACACAGGUGAGAAACCCUAUGAGUGUAACGAAUGUGGGAAAGCCUUUAGGUGUAACUCCCAAUUUCGACAGCAUCUGAAAAUUCACACUGGGGAGAAGCCUUAUGAGUGUAAUGAGUGUGGAAAGGCCUUCAGCGUUAAUGGGAAACUAAUGCGGCAUCAGAGAAUUCACACUGGGGAGAAACCUUUUGAAUGUAAUGAGUGUGGGAGAUGCUUCACUUCUAAAAGAAACCUACUUGAUCAUCACCGAAUCCAUACUGGCGAAAAGCCUUUUCAAUGUAAGGAAUGUGGGAAAGCCUUUAGUAUCAAUGCCAAACUAACUAGGCAUCAGAGGAUACAUACUGGGGAGAAACCUUUCAAAUGUAUGGAAUGUGAGAAAGCGUUCAGCUGUAGUUCCAACUAUAUUGUGCACCAGAGAAUCCAUACUGGAGAGAAACCCUUUCAGUGUAAGGAGUGUGGAAAAGCCUUCCAUGUUAAUGCCCAUUUAAUUCGGCAUCAGAGAAGCCACACUGGGGAGAAACCCUUCAGAUGUGUGGAAUGUGGCAAAGGCUUCAGCUUUAGUUCUGACUACAUUAUACACCAGACAGUCCACACUUGGAAGAAACCAUAUAUGUGUAAUGUGUGUGGGAAAGCAUUCAGGUUUAGCUUCCAGCUCAGUCAGCAUCAGAGUGUCCAUAGUGAAGGAAAAUCCUAAUAAUGAGAAAGAUGUAGAAAACUCUCAAGGUUAAUGCCAAAAUGGAUCGAGUAUCAUCAGAUUCAUCCAUUGAAAAACCCCCAAGAGGGAAUCAAUGUGGCAGAGUCUUCAUAUGGAAACAGUUUUUAUUCUAUUCAAUUUUUAAUCAGGAAAGGAUGACCAGUUAAAGAGAAAUAUCCAAAAAUAAAUAGCUUUGUUUUGUACCAACAGGACUUAGAAAAUAUAAUGAAGGAAAACAUUUCAUUCCCAGUAGCAUCAAGAAAAGUAGAUUUUCUAGAAAUAAACAGUUAUGGAGGACUUGUGUGGAGAAAUUUAAGUCUUCACCUGAGGGCCACUUUACAAAGGAAAUUUGAAUAAAUGGAGAGAGAGAGAAGCCUUGUUCUUGGAUAGAAAAACCCGUAAUAAAGAUAUUUACCUACCUUAAUUUAUUUGUUUAAUUUUUGACAACAAGUAUGCAUUACUUUUGAAAAGAUGAAAAGUAAUAAAGAUUUAUUUAAAAAAGGAAAAA